AUGAGACGGUACCCCCUAAAACAAGUAAUAACAAACCGGUGUUGGGUUGGUAUAUGUUUUGCUAUAGGUUUAGAUAAAAUGCCUGGUGAAAACGAAUAUAAUUUUUCACUAACGACAUUUAGUCCAUCUGGAAAAUUAGUUCAAAUAGAAUAUGCGCUGAAUGGUGUGGCUAAAGGGUCACCCACAAUUGGAAUUAAAGCGAAAGACGGUGUUGUUAUAGCUGCAGAAAAGAAGAUGUCAUCGACAUUGAUAGAUGAUAAUUCAUUCAACAAAAUUGAACAUUUUACAGAAAAUAUCGGAGUUGUAGCUGCGGGUAUGCCUGCAGACUUCCGUAUAGUAGUUAAGAAGGGCAGGAAGGAGGCUAUAAAACAUAAGUUACAAUAUGGAGAAAAUAUUCCCGGGGCGCAAUUGGUUAAAAAGGUUGCGUCUGUUAUGCAAGAAUACACCCAUUCUGGGGGAGUUAGACCUUUUGGUAUAUCACUUUUAGUUGCGUCUUAUGAUGAGAAUGGGCCGCAGCUAUUUCAAAUUGAUCCUUCAGGUGCAUAUUUUCCGUGGAAAGCAGCUGCAAUCGGGAGUAGAAUGCAAAGUAAUAAGUCUUUUUUGGAAAGGAGGCAUAGCAACGAUUUAGAAUUAGAGGAUGCUAUACACAUUGCAAUUUUGACACUAAAGGAUUGCUUUGAAGGAGAAUUAACUAACAAAAAUAUAGAAAUCGGGAUUGUUGGAAAAAGCAAAAAAUUCGAAAUUUUAACUCCCGACAUCAUAGCGGACUACCUCAGUGAGAUCAAUUAG